UUUGCCUUCCGGGAGCUGCCACCUCUGUAGUGCAACAUCUUUGUCGUAUUCACCACGGGCAUCUUUUGGGACAGAAUACGCCGGGUUGUUCGCACUCGAUCGCAGAACGAACAUCGCCCUGCCCGCUUACCUCUCUCCCCACAAUCAGUCACUCGCCCCAAAUUACAAGUCCCUGACAUGACUGAAGAGCUACCUGAACUGAAUAUUCCAAAUCCUACUCUUAUUGGGGAGAACCCACCGCCAACCAUUACGACGCCGACGGCCAUCAUCCACAGCAGCUACGACCGAGUCGAUAAUGUGCCUCCAAAGCCUUCCACUGGCGUCUGGACCCGUUUUGUAUGCAUCAGUGACACACACGAGCAUACGUUCGAGGUACCACACGGUGAUGUGCUUCUCCAUAGUGGUGAUCUGACCCAGACGGGUCGCUUCGUAGGUGCAAAACAGACAGCAGACUGGCUCUGCAGCCUGAGCCAUCCGAUCAAGAUAGUCAUUGCAGGUAAUCACGACCUCACGCUUCAUCGGGACUGGUACCCCAAGAACUUCGAUAGAUGGCACAGAGACCAGGAGCCAGUGGACGAGAUUCACAGUCUGUUCGUAGGGAAGGAAGCGAAGAAAGCAGGCCUUGUCUACCUUGAAGACGAGUCUCACGAGUUCCAAGUCCACGAAGGUGGACGUAAAUGGUCCGUCUAUGGAUCACCUUGGUCACCGUGGUUCUACGACUGGGCGUUCAACUACCAUCCUGGAAGAUCAGCCGAAGAUCUGGUCAGCAAAUUUCCGAAGACAGAUAUCCUCCUAACACACGGACCUCCUUUCGGGAUACUUGACGAAACAAGUGACGGGAGUGAGGUUGGAUGCGAAGCCCUUCGAAGCCGUUUGGCUCAUCUUCAACCCCGUCUUCACCUCUUUGGUCACAUUCACGAAGCGCACGGCGUGGAAGUCGGAGAAUGGAGCAAAUCGACAUCUACAACCGAUGAUGAUUCGAAAGAGGUGAAGCAGACCGUAUUUGUGAAUGGUGCAAACUGGCCCGCUGGACAUCGAGCCACGGCUAUGUAUUAUCGAGGAACGCCCAUCCCUUUUGCAGGGCCUGGCUUCCAGCCCGCGAUUGUGGAUUUGUUAGAGGUGUAACAGCGCUUCAAACUAUACGGACCGUUGUGCUCCCUUAUUCUCUCUCACACCGUGUAAUUUAUAUGUACCACCAGUAUGGCUGCAUUGAGGCUUUGGGAACACGAGGCGCC